UCUAGAUUAUUCCUCUUCUCGUUUCAAGCACAAACCAAAUCCCAAACCAAACCAGUGUUGGUUUGUGUAUGAAACUCUGCCAAUUUUCGAUUUUUAUCGAAACUUCUAGGCACCAUUUUUUUAAGUCUACACAGGGUUUCUACCAAUUCCUUUGAUUUAGUGACUUUGGAGUCAAAACUAAACACUUGACAACUUUGGUUUCUUGUCAAAAUGUUUGGGUUUAAGAAAUCACCAGCAAAGAUUGCUAAGCAAAACUCUGUAGACCCGGGAUUUCAAGCUCCUGCUGAUUCAGAAACUGAUAAGGACACUCAUAAGCCUGCAAGACGAACUUCUUCUGAACCGAUGCUUAUAACCCCGGAUUUUAGUAAAGAAAAGCCUGGUAAAAGAGGGUCUUCGCCUGCUUCCUACAAGAAUGAUUUUCGUGACUCAGGGGGGAUAGAGAACCAGAGUGUGCAAGAGUUGGAGAAAUAUGCUGUGUACAAGGCUGAGGAGACUACACAGAGUGUCAACAACUGCCUCAGGAUUGCUGAGAACAUCAGAGAGGAUGCUACAAAGACCCUUGACAUGUUGCACGCGCAGGGUGAGCAAAUUACAAGGACCCACAUGGCGGCUGUCGAUAUAGAUAAGGAUUUGAGUCGGGGUGAGAAGCUUUUAAAUAAUCUUGGGGGUAUGUUUGCAAUGCCUUGGAAGGCAAAGAAGGGGAAGGAUAUUUCUGGGCCUGAUUUUUCAGCAGCUUCUGCACCCACAAAAAGUGACCCCCAUCAGAGGGAAAAGUUGGGUUUAGCUCCCAUACCCAAAGGAAGGUCGGCUCCUGCAACACCUCCUCCUGAUGGAUCAGGUGCCUUGCAGCAAGUUGAGUAUGAGAAGGCAAAGCAAGAUGAUGCUCUUUCAGACCUGAGCAAUAUUUUGGGUGAUUUGAAGGGUAUGGCUGUGGACAUGGGAAGUGAACUUAACAGGCAAAACAAAACUAUCGAUCAUCUCUCUGACGACGUUGAUGAGCUUAACUCUCGAAUGAAAGGUGCCAACCAACGUACACGCCGUCUGCUUGGGAAGUGAAGGUCUAGAGACUUAGAAUUCCAGGCUACAUAAAAAGUUCCACAUAACUUUAGUUACUGUAACUAUACAAUUUUGAUUCCCUCUUGAUUGUAUAUAUUAUUGGUUUUCCCCCAUUUGGGAUAUACGCAUGCAAUAAAAUGAGCCUUUUUGUUCAA